CCGGCACCACCAAAAGCAAAUGAAACCGCUUUUGGAUUAGUUAAUUGCGAAUUACUAGGAUUCAGGUUGGAUUUUGACAGGGAAAUCAACGCCGCGAUCUUUACUACUAGUAGUGUAGUCUGGUGGUGCAGAGCUUGUGCGAGGAGCAGAUCAUCGUGCCCAUGGAGACCCAGCAGGAGCCGACCAAAGCCGGCGCGGUGGUGGCGCCGCCGGGCGUCGCCGGUGAGCCGGCCGGCAGCGGUGGCAGAGUUCUCGAGAAUGGACCUCCGGCGCCAACAGCAGCACAGCAAGGACCUGCAGCCCCUCCGGGUUCAGCAACCGACAGAGACGCGGUGCUGGCGAAGGUGGAGAUGGAGAGGAAGCUGUCGAUGGUGAAGGCGUGGGAGGAGAACCACAAGAGCAAGGCCGACAACAGGGCUGAGCAGAGGAUGUCGUCCAUCAUGUCGUGGGAGAACACCAAGAAGGCGGCUGUCCAAGCCAAGCUCCGAACACGGGAGGAGAAGCUGGAGAAGAAGAAGGCGGAGUACGCGGAGAAGAUGAGGAACCGGGUCGCGAUGAUCCACAAGGAGGCGGAGGAGCAGCGGGCCCUCGUGGAGGCGAGGCGGCAGGAGGAGAUGAUCAAGUGCCAGGAGAUGGCCGCCAAGCACCGGUCACAAGGGACUACGCCCAAGAAGAAAUUCCUCGGUUGUUUUGGAUGAGCAGCCAGCCAGCCAGCCACUGAAACAUAAUCAUAGUGAAAGUUGUGAAGUAGCUUAGGUAAAAGAGGUGCUCUCUCUACUGCUCUUGCUCUCUUCUUUUGGAACAUCGAUCAUAAGCUUGGAUCGUGCACUGAAUGUCUGAUGCACAUACAUAAUGUUGUUGCGCUUGUUCUGUUUCGGUUUGUGGGAUGUGAUGUAAGCUGUGUAAGUAAACAAACGGUACUCAGAUUUGAGAAAAUGUCAAGAAAUGUUUCC